GUCAGUUGUCAGAUUUGCAUUUGUCACCACUGUGUGAAGAGUGAAUAGAAAAUAAUUUAUAUUUUUAUUUUACAAAUUAACACGUAAUUAUUGUAUCCACAUUAAUUAUUAUAUAUUUCUUAAGAUUAUGGUAGUUUGCACUCCACGUAUAGUGGAUUGUAUGGCAAAAUAUGUUUAUAUGUCGUGAAAAAUAAUUAAAUAGUUCAAAAUGUGGUCGUUUUUCUCUCGGGAUCCUACGAAAGACUUUCCUUAUGAAGUAGGAGAUCCUGUGCCUGGAUUAGAAGAUAGAAGUGUGUGGACUUUACACAAAGGCAAGAAGAGGGGCACGCAGGAUGAAGUAUCAAUAUUUUUAUUCGAUGUUCAGAAGCAUUCUGAAACAUUGUUCGACAUAGCUAAGGCCUCCCUAAAGAAACUAAAGACUAUGAGACACCCUAGCCUUUUACAUUAUUUAGAUAGCUGUGAAACUGAAAAAUUUUUAUAUGUAGCUACUGAGUAUGUAGAGCCUCUAGCCACGCACAUAGAAGAUUUAAAACUUGAGGGUCCUCAGAAGGAAUUAUUCCUUUCGUGGGGUAUUUUUCAAAUCACUAGAGCAUUAUCAUUUUUAAAUAAUGAUGGCAACAUGAGGCAUAACAAUGUGUGCCUGUACUCUGUCUUUGUUACCUUGGCGGGGGAGUGGAAACUAGGGGGUUUCGAGUUUCUCUCUGCCCAAGGAGGUGCAGACACUAGCAACCCUAUACCUAUAAAAAUAUUGCCAGCUCUUGAAAUUUAUGACCCUCCAGAGAAGAAAGAUCCAGCUAAAUUAAAAACAGUUACGAAAUGCUCUUCAGACAUGUGGGGCCUAGGAUGCCUAAUAUGGGAGGCAUACAAUGGUCCCUUGAAGAACCAGCCUGCACUGAAGACCACUGACAACAUUCCUAAACAAUUGUGCACUUUGUACUGUGAGCUGGUCAGUGCCAACCCUGCAUCGAGGCCAAACCCUGCUGACAUUAUAACCAGGUGUAGGAAAAUCGGAGGCUACUUCAAAAAUGAUUUGAUAGACUCCAUGCUGUUUUUGGAAGAAAUUCAGAUUAAGGAUAAGGCGGAGAAAGGGAAGUUUUUCUCCACUCUCAGCUCCCAUCUCGACGGGUUCCCUGAAGCCGUGUGUGUUCACAAGAUCCUGCCGCAGUUGCUGACAGCAUUCCACUACGGAGACGCUGGGUCUUUUGUGUUAGCACCCAUGUUUAAGCUGGGUAAACUGCUAGACGAUGCUGAGUACCAGAAGCAGAUAGUGCCGUGUGUCAUCAAGCUCUUCGCCUCCAAUGACAGGACGACGCGGUCUCGACUGCUGCAGCAACUGGACCAGUUCAUCAUGCAUCUGCAGAACUCUACGGUGAACGACCAGAUAUUCCCGCAAGUGGUGCACGGGUUCCUCGACACGAACCCCAUCAUCCGGGAGCAGACAGUCAAGUCCAUCGUCCACCUGUCUUCUAAGCUCAACUACAAUAACCUGAACGUGGAAGUGCUGCGACACUUCGCCAGGUUACAGGCUAAGGAUGACCAGGGCGGUAUACGAACCAACACAACAGUCUGCCUGGGCAAGAUAGCUCAGCACUUGCACCCCCAGAUCCGGCAGAAGGUCCUGGUGUCCGCGUUCGUGCGCGCGACCCGCGACACGUUCCCGCCGGCGCGCCAAGCGGGCGUACUGGCGCUGGCGGCCACGCAACAAUACUUCUUACUGGCUGAGGUCGCCAACAGAGUACUGCCCGCUUUAUGCCCGCUGACCAACGAUCCGGAGAAACAAGUUCGUGAUGCAGCUUUUAGAACUAUAAAAGGAUUUCUCGGCAAAUUAGAAAAAGUCUCUGAGGACCCCAGUCUAAAGGAGGGAAUGGAAGCGGACGUGCACACGGCCACUCCCUCGCUGAGUAACGCUGCGGCGACGUGGGCCGGCUGGGCCGUCACCGCCGUCACCGCCAAGUUCUACCGCUCGCACUCCGACACGGCGCGAGUGUCUCACCCCAAGUCCGUUCUGUCCAAGCCUGGAUCACUCGAGCAACCGUCAUCGAGUAGUAUGUCAACGACUACAUCGUCGGUGACCUCGAUGACGUCACUGGAGCACAGCGAGUCGGCUUCCGACUAUGAUCCAGAUCAUUGGGACAUGGCGGCUUGGGGCGAGAUCGACUCUAGCGCAGGUACCGGCGCAAGCGCGAAGUCCCCGCCGAGCAGUGGCAGUGCGCAAGCGACGCCUGCGCUCGCCGCUCUCUGUGAGGACGACUGGGACAACGAGGAAUGGGGCGAGCUACAGGAACAGCCUUGUGCAGAAGCAGAGUUAGCGAGCCCAUCAGAAACAUGGAACAACUCUCAAUGGACGGACCCUAUCUUCAACAAUGCUAACGCGACGUACGUGCGCGGCGGACGCUUGGAACACAGACCCACUGCGCACCAAAACAGCAACGACUCGCUCGGCGGAUGGGAGGACAGCGAGUUCGAACCCAUCGAGGAAAAUGCUGACGAAAAUAACGCCUCAAAAAUGGACGAGAUGCGAAGAAAGAGAGAGGAGAGGAAACUUCAAAGGCAGAGGGAGAUGGAAGCUCGUCGCUCGGCCCGGGGUCAAGGACCUAUGAAACUGGGCACUAAGAUCACCACCGCGCCCCCGCCAUUUUAACGGACAAACACGGUGAAUUCCAAAUCUAAAUUUAAAAUCAAUUUUGAAAUCAUUUUUGAACGUCGUCUUGUGUGUGAAACUGGAUUGCUGGUAUACCUAGCUUAAAUCGAAACCAGUGAAGUUGAAGGCGUUUUAUUAGCCUUUUUACUUAUAUGUCUUGAUGCGGCGACGGCAACGCGAGAUACCUCGGUACUUCAGGCAAAGCAAGCUAUGAAUAUUAUACAUCUUUGCGUCAAAUUAUAGUACUAGUUCUUAAAGUUGCCUCUCCUAUUUUCAGACAUUACUUGCUACAACAUUCUUUGUAAACUUUGAAAGGGAACUCGAUGGAAUCUUGAUAUAAAAUGUCCAUUUAAGCGAUGUAUCGGAUGACUCGAUAUUUUUCAAUUUGAAAGAUUCCUAAUUUCGAUAUUUGAAUAAACUGACACAAACUCCUAUAGAUUACAGAUCUUAUUUUUUUUUAAUUUUAUUUCUUUUGUGCAUAUUUCUUAGGUUUAGUUUUGCAUUAUUUAUUUUAUUCUGCAUUAUAGUAAAAUUAUCUAUAUUAAUUAUUAAUUAUUUACUACUGCUUAUAUGACCGAUGCACAUUGUAGUGUUCAAUUAUAUUAUCAAACAGGAGUUUGGCGACUGUUUUUAUAAGGCAAAAGGACUGCGACGAAGAUUGAGAUGUAAUAAUACAUAUGCACUCUAUCAUGGGCAUUAAAAUAUAAAGAAAUAAUAUGUAUUCAUAUUUAUCAUGUCAAGUGCAACGACCCUCGCGAUAUACCCAGCUUAUGACUCAUCUACAGUUACCUAACGCACUAUAUAAUUACUUUACACUAUAUAAACAAUGCAAAAUUAACAAAACAACUGCCCGUAGGUCGCUAGGUGUGGGCACAGCCUUAAAACAAAUCCAUUCAAACGAUUGUGAGUCAAUGACGUCAUCAUAGUGUUCUGAUUGGUCGAUAUUAGGGAACAAGUAUUGUAAAUUGAUAUGCACCAAAUAUAGAGCGCUCAAGUGAGACUAGACGCCAUUAAGGCAUUAAAUAAUAUUUUCAAAAUUGUUCUUAGGCGAGACUCGUAACGCUGAACGUGAAAUUUUUGACCUGGAGCGGUGAUUUUUUAAUUGUAUCGAGAUAUGAUAUUGAAUUUUUGUGACCUCGUAUAGUCACGUGGUUAAAUCGAUAGUCGAUAAUUUUAAUCGAUAUUUUGUGUGCACCUCUAGUUGUCCUGCCGUAACCACGUGGCUGUAAGGAGGUCGUGGAUACAUAAUCGAUUGCCAUGUUUUCCUCUAGCUUGUAAUUGCGUAUGAUAUUCAAAUAAAUGUACAGAUGUAUGAAAACAAAAUGCUUUUUUCCUGUGGUGAUUAUAGGGACUUGUGCAAUCGGCAAAUGAGGGUGUCAAUUUGAUGUAAGUUCUUGUGUGGAUGGGUCCGCUUAAAUAUUGGUUUAGAUGAUACUUGAAAUUGUGGCCAAACACUUAUUUAAAAUGUAUCUAUUUCAGUUCCGUUGGAGACAAUGUAAUGCUUAAGGGGAUAUUUUGGAAACAUUCAUGAUUCAUACUAUAUUAACAACUUUGCUUUAGUGCAUCCGAAGUCCAAACUAUCUCAUUGAGCAUUAUGUUUGAAACUAUAAUAAUGUAUUACUAAAGGAUUUUGUCCAAACAAUUUCAAGUAUACGAAACUCCUGAAACCGCUCGUACGGAUAGUAAACGCUAUUUACAUAGUAUUAAGGCUACAUUUUCAAUAACCAGACAAUUUGUAUGCGGAAUAGAUAAAGGUUUAACAUUACAGUCGUUUGAGUUAAAAAAUGGAUGAAUUAAUGUAACAUUGGACCAGGCAAAACAUAAAUUCACGUUUUUGUCCCAUAUCGCUGAGCAGGAUUUCGUUUUUAAAUCGGCGUAAAUCGCUUACCAUCAAGCAAUCAGUAUGCUCGUUUAUCCCCAAUGCCAUAAAAAUACACGCAUUUUUCUAUGACAAGAGAUAUGAGAAUGACAUAAAAAACUAGCGUGACUUAUGUCAAACAACACAUUGACAUUUCAGUGUCACUCGAUUCGACUAGUGCUUAUGUCAUUUCUCUAGAGGAAAGUGCAAUAAAACUUAAAAUGACAAGUGUAUACAGGCUGUGGCAUAAUUUUAUAUUACGCAGAAUAAAUUCACAUUUGAAAUGAAAAUGGACAAAUCAAUGUAACAUUGAAGUAGUACGUAAAUUAACACCAACGUCCCUUAUUUGGAUACAUGCAUUUUACUAUGACAACUGAGAAGAAGCAAAUGGCAUAGAUGAGUGAAUAGAAAAAGGAAUUUAAACAAUACAUUGACUUUUCUAUUCGACUUGUGUUUAUGCCAUUUGUCUAAAGGGCAGUGCAAUAUGAUUAAAAUGACAAAUGUAUAAAAACGAAAUAAAUACAGAACAACUUUACUUAAAACAUUACAAGUCAAUGUUACAUUGAACCAUUCAGUCAUAAAUUCCCGCCGUUGUAACAUAAAGGGGUAAACAGAAACUACGUAUUUAUGUUUAGAUACACAAAAAUACAUGCAUUUUACUAUGACAAGAGAUAUGAAAAUGGCAUAGAAAUUUAACAUAGAAAAAUCAAUGUAUGAAACUGACACAAAUUAUGUCAAGCAAUACAUUGAUUUUGCUGCCCAACUAGCGUUUAUGUCAAUCUGCCGUCACCACUCUACACUGGCAGUAUAGCCGACAACUUUGUAUUGGAGACUCGGUUGCCAUAAAAAAGAAAAAAAGCGUUUAUGUCAUUUUCUUAAAGGGGAGUGCAAUAACUGAAAAUGACAAGUGUAUACAGAGUGUGGUCCAAUGUUACAAGAUACGUCCAAUUUUACUCUGAGCGACUGUAAAAUUUUAAAUAUUAUUUAUUCCUAAUACAUAUUGUCUGGGUUGAAAAAAUCAAUGGAAAUUAUAUAAAAUACUAUGUAUGUAUAUAAUAUGAAUUAUUAUAAUGUAUGAAAUAUCAGACUGAACUGGUCUAUGGAUUUUAUGUAUUGUAUUUGGCGUUAUAAAUUGUACUUAUUUAUGUAUUUUUGUCGAGUGUAUUACAGUCUUCACUGGGUUGUAUACAUCUUUUGAAAUAUCCCCAAAAAUGAUAUAAUUAUGAUACUCGAUAGAUUCAUUACAAUAGUUAUAGAAAAUGUUCAUUCCAUUUUACAUUAACUCUUGCACAGUUGCCUUUUAUAAAGACAUGCACCAAAAUAUAAUAAUAUUAACAAGAAUUUAUAUAUAUUUUCAAAAUAAAUAAUACAUUUCCUGCAGCUAAAACAUCUCUGUAUCUUUAUCUCAAUUCAUAAUACAUAUUUUAAAUUGGAAUUUUUGCUAUUCGAGAAUAUUCCGGAUCAUUUGACGUAAGACAUAGACAUAGCUUCUACAUAAAUUAGUUUUUAACGAUGAAUUAUUAUAAUGAAAUGGAUUAUUAUGAAGAAUGUUGAUCUUAGGGACGUAUUAGACCAGUAUUUUUACUGGUGACGUCAUAGAGAUUUGAAAUAUAUUGAGAACAGUUAUUUAGUAAAGUAUUUGCUACUGAGGCUGCAAUAGACGAGAUAACAUACAAACCGAUAUUCUAUUUGAAUGUGUGUUAAACGAAAAAUCUUAAUCUAUCCGCUAAAUUUACACUUCUGUAAAUAAAACAUGUAAAAAUGACAAAUAUGUGUUUACUUUAACUAACCCGCUACUAAUACUACGCCAAAAUGAAAUAAAACAAAAACAUUAAGCAAAAAAUAUGGUUUAAUGAUGCAAUUUUUAACACAAUACAUGUUAGUUACAAAAAAUAAUCUCUUAUAUACUUACUUCAUAUUUUAAGUACAUAUUUUCGAAGCUUAUAUAGUGAAAUUGUACAUAAUAUAAUAGUAUGUGAAUAAAAACUUAGCCAGCCUGUUGUAACCUCCUUUAUAAAAAGAAAAUGGCGGAACUAACUAAGUUUUUAAGCAUAAAUCUAGCGUUACAAACUAAAAUUGGCAACAUAAUAACAAACAUUAGUAUAUUAGCAUUUCUAUUCUACAUACAUAAGAAGCAAAAUCUAAGUAGCAACAAAUUUUUAAUAACAAUUUAUGCGCGCCUUGAUAUUACUUUAAUAUAAUUAUGUGCUAGGAUAUCCAUUAUCAAUUGGUCACCCCAUCAAAUGUAAAUGUCACAUGUCACUUUGACAUUUUUAAAGUGACCUCAACCUUUGAUGGAUAGAAGAAUUGACCCUGCAAACUGUAAAUACGCGAACGACCAAGCAGAGACCACAAGAUCCAACACAAAAAAAAAGCAAAUAGCAAGAUAACAGUGAUUUUUAAUAACAACAAAUAAUAACAAUAG